AUGGGUGCGCUUCGCUCGCUCUUCCUGCUCGCCCUCGUCCUCGCCGCGACUCUGAGCCUCGCUGGAGUCUCAGCGGCGCCGCGCCGCGCCCUCGGCAAGGUCAAGGGGGACCCUCCUCAGAAGCCCCUUCCUCCAACUCCUUUCGACCCGAAGAGCUUCCCUGUCGCGUCCAACCCCCCCUCUCCAAGCGGCUCACGGAAGGGCUCCAUGGACUCAACCAUCUCGUUCGAUUCCAAGGCGCCAUCCGUGCCCUCACUCGGCGGCUCGCCGUCCCGAAAGGGCUCAGCGGAUUCGACCUUCUCCUUCGAUUCCAAGGACGGGGGAUCCCGCAGGAGCUCCGUGGAUUCCGUCUCGCCUGAGCAGUCAAAUGGGGAGUGGAUUGGCUUUUCAGGGUGGACCUGGGCCGGGGCUAUGUCGUGGCUCACGUCUCCACUUUGCUUCCCCAUUCUUCUCGUACACCCUUCUAGACCCGAGCUCGAGUCAUCUGGGUUGAAGCAGCGGGCAGUGGACCUACUCAAAUGGGGCGUGGACUGGCUGCUCAUGGCAAACCAUGAAAGGGCGGACCCGGGCCGCGGCUGUGUUUCAUCUGGGUUGAAGCAGCGGGCAGUGGACCUACUCAAAUGGGGAGUGGAUUGGUUGCUCAUGGCGGAUUUGGGCCGGGGCUGUGUCGUGGCGCAAGUGGGUGACUCUGCCGCCCAGGAUUCGUGCUGGCAGCGGCCAGAAGACGACUCUGCCGCCCGGCCGGUGUACACGGUGGUGGGCGCGAACGGGCCGGGGGCGGCGGUUCUGGCUGACAUGUCGGCUGCCUUUGCUGCAGCCUCGCAUGUGUUCGGCGAGUUUGACCCCGGAUACGCCGCCUCGCUGAGGGACCACGCUACCAUGCUCUUUGAACUCGCCACCACCGCCACCUCCACCGAUGACACGGCCCUACCAGGAACUCUCCCCUACGAGCCACCCCCAUCCUCCUCGCCUGACUUUCACGAUGAGCUGCUGUGGGCGGCUGCUUGGCUGUGGCGCACUACCAUGUCCGACCCCCUGCAUCAAUACCUGCUCAAACCCCAGCAUGCAUCAUUGUCCUACUCGCUCAACUUCACUCACGCCAACAAGGCAGCGGGGGCAGCAGUGCUGCUGGCGACGUUCGUUUUGGGCCCUAUGGAGGAGGAGGACGAGGCCACCACUCAGGCAUCUGGUGCUGACGUCAUCUUCAGAUUCCAGAAGCUCAUAGAAGCUUCCAUCUGUGCUUCCACUGCUGACGUGCCAUCCAGGACCAGUGCUGAGACUCUAGCCCAGAACAUGCCCAAAACGCAAGGCGGGUUGUUAUGGCUAGAUGAGAAUCGGCCGCUGCAUGCAGCAGUGCAGGCGGCCUUCCUUCUCAACACUUACUCUCGCUUCCUCAAGCAAGGAGCAGAGGAUGAGGGGCGGUGCACCGGUGUGUCCCCACAUGCUGUGUCAGCCGUAGCCCGAUCACAGAUCGACUAUUUUCUAGGGUCUAAUCCGCAACAACUUAGCUACAUGGUGGGCUUUGGCGAGAAAUACCCCAAGUUUGUCCGCCAUCGAGGGGCGUCGAUCCCAUCCCUAGCGUCGGAUCCAACGGUGUACACAUGCUCCUCGGGUCAACAGUGGCUGCAAAGUAGCUCACCCAACCGCAACAUACUCUCAGGAGCUGUGGUGGGAGGGCCAGACCAUGACGACAACUUCAAGGACUCAAGAGACAAUCGCCUAAAUGAACCUGCUAUUUAUAUAAAUGCUGCCCUUGUUGGUCUGCUUGCCUCAUUCAGUGGUCCAUAA